CCCAUCCCCGUUCCCGGACACUCGAGGCAGGGGUUGAGGAUGGAUAUGGAGGACUGGAAGCAUGGGAUGUUGAUGAUGACAAGAUUGAUCGUCACAAAGUAUCGCCAUAAUCCACCAUGUCUGAAUUAGAAAACCUGGUCCGCGUGUUGCUCCAUGGUUUUCCAUUUUACACAGAUUAUAUUGAGUCUGCUCGGCUGAGCUGUGAGUUUCUUGCGCAUCUUUAUACAAAGGCGUCGAACGAGGAACUGCGGUAUUUGUUGACUGGUAGCUUCCGAGAAGGAUAUCCCGGCUUAAUUCGCAGUGAUGCCGACUUCAUGGUGGUGUUAAAUCCAGCAGAGGAGAUCUUGACUCUGGAAUCUCAACGUAAAAUCAUGCAACCCGUUGUUGAAGCCCCAGCGCACGUAAAACUUAUCAUUCCUCGGGCUUACAGUGACCGCUUCAAAGAGAAAUAUUACACGCUGUCGACCUUCCUUGAUCUUUUGGAAAAGGACGACGAGGGCAUCCUCUUCAUCUCAGCCGGGCGUACAAGAGAAGUUCACGAGAGGGAUUUUCACCAUGAGUUUAUGGCCGAUAAAAAGCCAAGUGCACCGUGGACCGCUUCAGAGACGCCUGCCGAGGGCAAGGCGUCACCCGCCUAUACAUUCACUUCGCUCGCAAAGAAAAACAAAUGUGAAGUAGAUCGCGUACCCGCAAUCGAGUGUAUGGGAUGGCCGAUUGAGGCAUCUGAAUGGAUAACUCGACAGCCAAGGAACUGGCCCACCACAGAUUUGGUGAGGAGCCUUUCCACCAGUGGUUUCAUGAUUGUACCGAAGCCCUCCUACAUGUCAGGGGACACAAGAAAGGAGUGGAGGCUCUCGUUUUCGGAACCGGAAGCGAAACUUUUCGACAGUUUCAGCGAAUGCCAAGCUAAGGUAUACUACCUUUUGCGUUCGUUGUAUGUGAGACACUUGAAAGGAAAGCUGCAAGGAGCAGUAACCUCCUAUCACCUCAAAACAGUCAUGUUUUGGAUGCUGGAGGAAGAGGAACACAGUGUUUGGUUUGAAGAAAGUACUCUGGAUAUGUACUUCCGGGUUCUGAGAAAGUUAUUACGAUUUACAAUGGAAGGGUUCUGCCCGCAUUACUUCAUCCGUAAGCACAAUUUAUUUUACAAGACAUCGAAAUCGGCACUUGAGGAUGCUGUGCGUGAAAUUUCCCAUGUUUUAAGUGAUCCUUUGGCUGCUUUUGGCAACAUUGUGAACGACGAAUUUCUUGGGCUAAUACCUCGCCUUGGUAUUUUAUUGGUGGACGUGAAAGGAAAACUGAACAGGAAAAUUUUGAGCCUGCCAAGCCAUUUAGCUCAUACAGCCAUCACCAACCCUGAGGUAACUGAAUUUGUUAGCAAGCUCGAACUUGAGUGUUUGUCAAAAACCUUGGAGGAAACUGUCCUCUCUAUCAAGGAAUUUCUGCAUAGUGCUAGACUGAUUGAGGUCUACAUCAGAGCUAUUCUUCAGGGACACCAGUUUGCCUUUACCAUGGGGAAAACUGAGGCUGAGCGUGCCAAGAUUAAGUCCAACUCAGUUUGGGAGGAUUUCUUUGAGAUGGAAACAGAACAAGUGAAUCAGUCGUUGUUGGUGUGGUUGACGUUGGGGAAGAUUACUGUUGACUCCAUCAGACAAGGGAGGAAUACAGAAUUAUUUUCUCUUUUCCACAAGCUUGGUGCCUUUCUGAGACACCAAACUGGGCCUCUUAGUAAUGACGACAAGCAAACUUUGGACACAAUUGAAGCAAUUUUUUCAAUGGCUGGGGGAUUUUUAGCCUCCGUCAAUUUCAAUGCAACCGGCAUCUCAUAUCAGGACCUACAUGAAUUACUAUGCAGCAUCCUCCCAUCAGAUGGGCAUGGUCCACAGUCUUGGCCAACUGGUGACAUCACUCUUGUUCUGUUUGUACUUGCUGGUGCAACUUCCAAGGUGGCGAAGGAUCUUAGUAACAUUUAAUCUUCAAGCCACUUCUUGUUUUUUAUUUUGUUAUUGCAAAUGUACUAAUGGGACAUUUUCAGACCUUAAGUCGUAACAAGCAGACAGUACUAACAUGAUAUGAACUCAAUUAAUUGACCUCGCCCCCAAUGUGUGGCUUCAUAGCUCAGUUAGUAGAGCAUUG